GAGAGCUGGGAGGCGGAAAAUGGCGUCGACGUGAGCACGAGCCCGCGGCCGCCCAGGGAGUCGCCGCAGCCUCAGCCGGAGCCACAGGAGCCGCAGGAACAAGAGGCUGAGCCGGGUCGAGGAUGGAGGAGGAACCCUCGGGGCCCAGCCCGGACAUGCCGGCCCAUGCAGAGCCCAGCUUCAGUGAGACUGACAAGGAGGUGUUGUCCCCAGUUGCGGCUGCAGCAGCCACUUCCUCUUCCAUGGGGGAGGAGCCAGGCCCUGAGAGGGCAUCCACACCCCCAGCGUGGGACCGAGGAGGGCCUGGGGGGACCCAGCAGGGUGCCCCCUCAGCCCCAGACAGUGUUCAGCCCGGUCCUGGAUCCAGCCUUGGCCCGACCAGCACCGUCCCUGGGACCAGCGAGGACCUGAGGCCUCCCAGACGACGCCAACAACCAGGGAAGCAGAUACCCUGCUCCAGCCCUGGCUGCUGUCUCAGUUUCCCCAGUGUUCGAGACCUGGCACAGCAUCUGCGUACCCACUGCCCACCCACACAGUCCCUGGAAGGCAAGCUCUUCCGCUGUUCCGCCCUAAGCUGCACCGAGACCUUCCCCAGCAUGCAGGAACUGGUGGCACAUGGCAAACUGCACUACAAACCCAACCGCUACUUCAAGUGUGAGAACUGCCUCCUGCGCUUCCGCACGCACCGCUCGCUCUUCAAGCACCUGCAUGUUUGCGCCGAGCAUGCGCAGAGCCCAGCCCCGCCGCCACCCCCCGCCCUGGACAAGGAGCCACCGGCGCCUGAGCGUCCCCCGGAGUCCGACACUGCUUCGGCACCCGGCCUGCCGUUCCCGCUGCUCGAGCCCUUCACGACCCCCGCCCCUGCCCCCACCGGGCCCUUCCUGCCCUACUUGAACCCCGCGCCCUUUGGCCUAAGUCCCCCACGCCUGCGCCCUUUCCUGGCCGCGGCGCCCGGGCCGCCCGCCUCCAGCGCCGCAGUCUGGAAAAAGAGCCAAGGUGCCGGCGGCAGCCCGCGAAGACCCCAGGGCGGCUCCGACGCGCCCUCAGGGCACGCGGCCCCGAGCCGCAUCGUGUGGGAGCACACACGCGGCCGCUACUCGUGCAUGCAGUGCGCCUUCUCCACGGCCUCGCGGCCCGCCAUGACACUGCAUCUGGAGGACCACCGCCCCAUCGCCCCCGCGGCCCCGGGGCCCGGGCAGCCGCGCCCCGACGCGCGGGCGGGUAAGGCGGAGGAGCGCUCGAGUGGGGAGGGCGGGGCCCCCGAGGCGAGGGGCGGAGCCGAGGCUCAGGCGACCCCUCCUCUGCCCCACCCAGACCCGGUCCCGCUUGCACCCAAGGUGUCUCCGCUGCUGUCAGAGGGGGAGUGUCCGGUUUUCUCGCCGUUCUGAAUCCCGCCGCGGUGGGGAGGGGGGAGUUGGACUGUAGGAUGGGGGUAGUUUUGUAAUUAAUGGGGCAGGGGAGGGGGAACAAUAAAGGACGCGCGAUGAGCCAUCC